AUGUCGUACUCUGUGAACUUCUCUUUCCGAUCUUCAGGAUGCACGUCGAAGAACGCCCUUAGAGAGAGGUCGAGGGUGGAGAGUCUUCGGCGGGCGUAUCUGGAGCUGCAGGCGGCCAUUCCCUCCGUCCCCGCCCACACCAAGCUGUCCAAGCUGGACGUGUUAGUUCUCGCCACGACCUACAUAUCUCAUCUUUCGAAGUUGUUGCAAGACGAUUGCACAACCACAACUCCCACCUCCAACUACGACAACAACAACAACAACAGUAGCAACUACACGACACUGCGAGGCCUGGACACAGCUCCUGCCAACACACACUGUCCCAACAACUACGCGGACGGCCCAGCGAGCACCCCUUCGCUCGAGGCUGCCAGCGUCAGUCGGGUCCAACAGAAGGGGCUUUUGCAUCCGGUUAAGAAAUGGCCCAUGCGAGUCCGCCUCUACGCAGGGGUGGGCGGUUCUGACCCCCUCGCCCACGUGCCCGAAGCCGCCCCGCCCGCCCACGCCCACUUCCAGGGCAAAGUGGACCAUCUCUACCCGCCUGUGAUGACGCCCCACCCACAGCACGCCAGGGGAAUCCCGCCCACGCCCCAAGGCCUCCACCAAGGACUCCUCAUGCCCGAAGGAGGCCACGGAGGACUCCUGACGCCCUGGGAUGAAGGCGGAGCGUCCUACGCCCACCACCCUCUAGGGGCCGCCCACCACCCCGCCCUCUACCCCGAGAGGAAGGACAGCUGGGGCGGCAGCGUGGCGGGAGUGACCUUCUGUGACCUCGCCUUCGGUGAUAUGACCUCAUGUCAGCCUUCAUGAGAGAUCACGAGGCCUGGGUCAUCGAGAAAUAUUUUUUGUUAUUUUGUUAUGAUUUAACCACUUUUUUCGUAAGGUUAUUGCUGACGUAGAUUAACAACAGUAGAGGAAACAAUAACAAUACCGUGGAAUUAGAAGAUUUAUUAAUCUGUUCAUAAAUUUGUCCCAUUUUUG